AGCAAAUAUAGCGUGGUUAAGCGCGGUAGUACGGCCAGCAACAGCUUUUGUAGAAGAGAGCACCCGGUUCAUACGUGUCUAGCAAAGCGCACUAUGUUGGAUUGACUUGACUUUUGUGUGUACCUGGUUAAAGCAAUAUGGCUCUCAAAUUUAAACUCAGAUUCGUUAGUGGAUUGACAGGCAAAUCCGAUCGAUUAGCAAGGGCUACAUUCAGAGGUGUUUCUCAUUAUACGAAAGUGAUUGAAAAUGCGGAAGAUGAUAUUACUUUUGAUGAGAUAUUCGAAUGGCCCGUUGGAAGACCCGUGGAAAAUCAUGAAAGUUUGGAAAUCCAACUUUACAAUUAUAACAAAUACUUCAGCAAUAAGUUGAUAGGUAGUUAUGGAUUAGUCCUUCAGCAAUUAGUAGAGGAUGGCUUCUUACGCGUUACGGAUACUUUGGUCGACAUCAACAAUAUGCCAACUGGGGUUUCUUUGACUUUUGAAGUCAGUUAUUCUGCUCCUGAUGGUUCUGUCGGUGACUGGCAAGCUCCUAGUUUCAAUUAUGGAAGUUUUGAUGAUGAUCAACAAGUUCUUAUCGAUCUAGAACAGAAUAUAGCAAAUUUAGAACGAAGUUUAAGUCAAAGAGCUGAAUCUGAGCUUUCUAGACAGGGUUCUCUGGCUAGUUUGACUUCUCCUAGAUCACCUGAUAGGAAAAGAUCGCUGCCGGCUACAAUGAAGAGUAUAGCUAGUAUGAUGAGGCUAGGUAAACAAAGACCUCCUGUAGAAGACGAUGAACGAACUUCGCUCAGAGAGUCUGAUCAUUUGGAAUAUGGAUCGACUCAAACACUAACAAGAAAAUAUAGUGAUUCGAAUUUUGUAGUUAACACGGGAAUGGAAUCUGAAACUAUACAAAGACUUUAUGAAGAAAGUAGUGCUGAAACAGUUCCUUAUUCUAUAACAACACCUGUACUUGUAAAGAAACCUAAACCUAGUCAGGAUGUAUCUCCUGUUGCAUUGAAAGCCCAAGAUUUUCAGGUUUGUAUCACAAUAAUCGAAGCAAGACAUUUAGCUGGAUUAAACAUGGAUCCAGUUGUAUGUGUCCAAGUUGGGGAUCAAAAAAAGUAUACGAGUGUUAAGGAGUCUACUAAUUGUCCUUACUACAACGAGUAUUUUGUCUUCGAUUUCCAUAUGGCGCCCGCAAUGCUUCUGGAUAAAAUUAUCACUCUUACUGUUUUACAUUCCAGAAAUAUAAUUCGAUCUGGCAAAAGUAUCGGAAGCUUUAAACUCGAUGUCGGUACUGUUUUCGGUCAGCCAGAUCAUCAAUUUUACCACAAAUGGGCAUUGCUCACAGAUCCAGAUGACGUUAGUGCGGGUCCUAAAGGCUACUUGAAAUGUGAUAUUUCUGUUGUCGGCAAGGGCGAUACAGUAAAACCACCUCCGAAGAGUGACAAAGAUGGAGACGAUAUCGAAGCAAACUUGCUCUUACCUGAUGGUGUACCUGCCGAAAGACAGCAUGCUCGAUAUAUAGUAAAGAUAUAUCGAGCUGAUGGACUUCCUCGUAUGAAUGCUGGCAUCAUGGCUAACGUUAAGAAAGCUUUCACUGGAGAAUCUAGAGAUUUAGUCGAUCCAUACGUGCAAGUGUCUUUCGCUGGACUUACUGGUAAGACAAGCGUAAGAAAGAAUAACUGCUCCCCAAUUUGGAACGAACAAAUUGUAUUCACGGAAAUGUUUCCUCCUCUAUGCCAACGAAUUAAGUUACAGAUGAGAGAUAACGAUCCAGUUAACGAUGCUGUUAUAGGUACUCACUUCUUAGAGCUAUCUAAAAUUUCCAACGAAGGAGAAAAAGGAUUUCUACCAACUUUUGGUCCUUCUUAUAUAUAUUUAUACGGGUCUACUCGAGACUACAGUUUGUUUGACGAGCACACUCCACUUAACGAUGGACUUGGACAAGGAGUGAUGUAUCGAGGUAGACUAUUAGUCGCUGUCAAAACAGAAAUAUUAGAUUCUAUUGAAUCUGCACCCUCUGAAGUAGAAGUGGAAAUGGCCAUGCCAAUAUCUGAGUCGUGCCUUACAUUUUCGGCAUUUUCUCAGGAUGUUGAAUUUCAUAGAAUAACAAAGUAGUUAUAAGGCAUUAUACUUCAAUAUCUGAUACAUAUUCACUUAUAUGUAAUUCCAGGAAAUGCAGGUAAUGUUCUGGAUGGUCAAAGAUGGACGUCUAGGGGAGACGAUUCAGGAAGUGAUUCUGAAAGUGAUUCAGGACCCGAAUCUACACAUUCUAUAUACGGAGACAAUGCUUGCCAUUCUACAACUCCACCCAUUAAACCAUACUCUAAUGAUAGGUAUUAUUACUGCUUACCGUACGGAGAUGAUAAACCAUGUUUUUGGGUUCGAAGUGUAUGGCACGAUCAUAGAAGAAGGAUGUAUAAUUCAAAUAUAAUUGGUAAAAUUGCCGAAAAAUUAGAUGAAGGUCUUUCUGAUGUACAAGAAAUGAUAAGGUUAGAAAAAUCCCACGCUGACAGAAGAUUAAGGGGUGUUCUAGAAGAAUUAUCAUCGGGUUGCAGUCGUUAUUUAACGGUUGCUAAAGGAGCAGGUGGAAGUGCUUCAGGAAAAACCAAGUUAGACAAAGAGAGAAUGAAACUCUGUCAAAGAGAAUUGGAUCAUAUAGCAACUAUGGUAAGGGCUAUGAAGCCAUUAGUUAACAAAAAUACCUUAAAAGAAAAGCUUAGAAGUACUCAGAAUAUUCUCCAAAAAUUAAAAGAUUUAGUCGAAGAUCCUCAACACGCUCUUCCAGAUAUAUUCGUUUGGAUGAUAAGCGGUGGGAAAAGGGUUGCAUAUCAGAGGAUACCAGGUCGAGAGCUGAUGUUCUCGAUUGUAGAAGAAGAAAGUGGCAAAUUUUGUGGAAAAACUCAAACUUUAUUCCUUAAGUUGCCAGGAAAGAAAGGUUCAGGCCCGGGUGGGUGGGCGGUUCAAGCCAAAUUGCAAGUAUAUAUGUGGUUAAGUUUAACUAAACAUAAGAAGCAUUACUUGAAAGGAUUGCCUAAAGGAUACGAAGUAACUAGUGAUGUUAAAAACGCCGACAAACCACAGGCAUCACCUCCUACUAUAUUACAUUAUUCCGAGAAGCAACAUUUUCAACUGAGAGCCCAUAUGUAUCAAGCAAGAUCUUUAAUUGGUUCUGAUUCAUCUGGUUUAUCUGAUCCAUUUGCCAGAGUCAUUUUCUCAGAUCAAAGUCAAACAACUCAGGUGAUAGAUGAAACUCUUAGCCCUACUUGGGAUGAAAUGUUGCUCUUUCCCGAAGUUAUAGUCAAUGGAAGUAAAGAGGACAUCAAGAGUGAUCCACCUGUUAUUGUUGUUGAGAUUUUCGAUCAGGAUAAAGUGGGAAAAUCUGAAUUUAUUGGUAGAACCGUAGCAAGACCACACGUGAAAUUCGAGGAUGAACCGUACAGUCGGCCUGAUUUCCCACCUAUUUUGGAAUGGUACGAUAUAUAUCGAGGAUCAGAACAGGCGGGAGAAUUAUUGGCUACUUUCGAAUUGUUACAGGUAUCUGAAUGUGAAGAAAAGGGAGAGAUUCCAGAAUUACCUCAACCUAAAGAAAAUUUGUGGAGAUCGGAUAGAGGACCAGUUUUACCUGUUCCUAAAGGGAUAAGGCCCACUUUAUCUAAAUAUAGAAUUGAAGUGCUGUUUUGGGGUCUUCGAGAGUUAAAAAGGGUUCACUUGAUGACAGUGGAUCGUCCUAGAGUAGAUAUUGAAUGUGCAGGACACGUUUUGCAAUCAUCAGUUAUCUUAAAUUGCAAGAAAAAUCCAAAUUUCUCUGUUAUGGUCAAGCAUUUUGAUGUGGAAUUACCUGAUCAGGAAAUGUAUUGCCCUCCUCUAACCAUUCGGGUUAUGGACUGUCGCAGUUUUGGUAGAUUCACACUUGUAGGAACUCAUGUUAUUAGUGCUUUGCAGAAAUUCAUGUAUAGACCUAUUGUUAAAAAGGAACAAGACUCUUCGAGGCAAACAUACAACUUUAACAACCGCAAUAUUCUAUCAGUUCCUGUUGAAGAAACGGUCAUACAGAUUGAUGCAGAUACUCACGCAAUUAACAUGAAAGAAAUUAAUUUAACAAUUGAAGGACAAAUGAAAAAGAGUAAAAAGGAACUAAAAAGUGAAGCAAACAGACAAAAGAAGAAGCAACAAGCAGAAGAAGCUUUGUCAGAUGAUGAAAGUAACAAAGAUUGGUGGAGUGGAUAUUUCGCAUCCUACGAAACUAUGAUAAAGGACAGCAAAGACGGUACAGAAAAUCAAAAUAAUACAAACUGCGUAAGCCCACAACCUUCAGUAACCAUGAAUGGGGAAGUGCAAUGCAAUGGAGAGGUUGAUCCUGAUCAACUAAGUGCAAAGGAUACAAAAAAGAUGGAGAAGGAGCUCCAGAGGUUAGAAUAUCAGCAUCUUCCUGAAGCUGAGAGGAAGAGGAGAACCUUUAAAGGAACUUCUACCGCCGUCCGAUUAGCUGCUAGAUUAUCACCAAAAUCACAGAGAAAAGAAGCAAUGAAUGAAUCACAAAUAAAGAUUUAUCCUUGCGAGUUAGAGAGCGUUACGGAUUUUAAUGGCUUUAAAGAAUGGCUCCACUCCUUUGAGUUAUUCCGUGGCAAACGAACGGGAGAUGAACUUGAAGACCAAAACAGAAUCGUUGGAAUAUUUAAGGGCUCUUUGCAAGUAUACAAAUACCCUCUACCGAAAUCUUUACAAGAAGUUCCUGGUGCUGAACUUCAAAAUGGAAUGUUCCAUGGCAUUCCCAGUAAUGAUCCUAUCCACGUCUUAAUCCGAAUUUAUAUAGUUAAGGCAACAGACUUGCAUCCAGCCGAUCUGAAUGGUAAAGCUGAUCCAUAUAUAGUUAUCAAUUUAGGCAAUAAACGCACAAGUGACAAAGAAAAUUACAUUUCCAAGCAGUUAAAUCCAGUUUUUGGAAAAUGUUUCGAAUUUGAAGCAACUUUUCCACAAGAUUCCUUGCUCACAGUUCAGAUAUUUGAUUGGGAUCUUCUUGGAAGUGAUGAUCUCAUCGGAGAAACUAAACUGGAUUUAGAGAAUAGAUUCUAUAGUAAACAUAGGGCAACGUGUGGUAUUGCUCAAAAAUAUGAAACUUCUGGGCCGAGUCAAUGGAGAGAUCCAAUGAAACCUGUACAGAUUCUUGCCAAAUUAUGUAAAGAUAAUAAACUUGAAGGGCCAGUUUUUAUGUACAAUCGAGUCCGAAUUGGUACCAAAGUAUUUAAUUUUCAAUCUGAAUAUGAAGAAGAAGGUACAAAAUUAAAUGAAGAAUAUUUAGCAUUGGCAAUUUUACAUCGUUGGCACGAAAUACCUUAUGUGGGUUGUAAAUUAGUACCGGAACAUGUAGAAACCAGACCUCUCUAUCAUCCAGAUAAACCAGGAAUUGAACAGGGAAAGUUAGAAAUGUGGGUAGAUAUGUUUCCUAUGGAUAUGCCAUUACCGAAAUUACCAACAGAUAUUUCUCCAAGAAAACCUAAAAGUUACGAACUCCGCGUUAUAAUAUGGAAUACAGAUGAUGUUGUUCUGGAAGAUGAUGCAUUCUUCACGGGUGAGAAAAUGAGCGAUAUCUAUGUCAAAGGGUGGCUGAAAGGUCCAGAAGACACGCAAUGCACAGAUAUCCACUAUAGGUCUCUUACAGGUGAAGGUAACUUCAAUUGGAGGUUUGUUUAUCCUUUUGAUUAUUUACCUGCUGAAGAGAAGAUAGUAAUCUCUCGCAAAGAAUCCCUUUUUUCUUGGGAUGAAACAGAAUGUAAGAUUCCAGCAAGAUUAGAAUUGCAAGUUUGGGAUGCGGAUCACUUUUCUGCUGAUGACUUUUUGGGAGCAAUAACUUUAGACUUAAAUCGUUUCCCACGUGGUGCCAAAUCUUCAAAAUUAUGCACUUUGGAUAUGUUGAAAUCGGAUGGAACUGUUCCUGUUGUUUCUUUAUUUAAACAAAGGAGGAUAAAGGGGUGGUGGCCAUUUUUUGUUAAGAAAGAAAAUGACGAAAUGGAGUUAACGGGGAAAGUAGAAGCAGAACUUCAUUUAUUAACAAAAGAAGAAGCUGAGAAAAAUCCAGCUGGAUUAGGAAGAAAUGAACCGGAUCCAUUAGACAAACCACAUCGGCCAGACUCGUCAUUUAUUUGGUUCUUGAAUCCAUUGAAGUCAAUCCGUUACAUCAUAUGGCACAAUUAUAAAUGGAUGAUUAUCAAAAUACUUAUAGGUGCCAUGCUCGUGCUCAUUUUAGCUCUGUUUGUGUAUUCUAUGCCCGGAUACACAGUAAAAAAGAUGUUGGGGGCCUAACUUAUAUCAACAUUUAGAUCCACAUAUUUUAUGUUCGUUUGUACAGUUUUAUGUAUGUAAGCAAUACAUUUGAAAAGUGUUGUAUAUUUUGAAAUUAUUUUAGAAGAUUUUUUGAUUAAAUUAACCAAAAUAUACUACAUAUAUAUAUAAAAUAUAUACACACAUAUAUAUUGAUAUAUAUUAAA